GUCCCGACGCUGGAGACGCUCGUCCGAUUCUCGCUCGCGUCUCGGAUAUCGGACUUGUUGAUGUUAUGUCAAAAUUACACAGCGUUCGUUGUUUUCGCGUAUUUUUAGUUUGCGGUUAUUGUUUUGGAAUGGAAUCAAAUACUAACUGAACCGUAAUCGUAGUAAAGGAUUCAUUCAUUUUUAAACUGAAACGGUGUUUAAUUUUGACUAAUAUCUGAUUCAUUAAGCUGAUUCACGUUCGCUACUAUAAGAUGUAAAUCGUUUUGAAAUAUUGUCGAGAUAGUGAGUGCGAAACUGAGACAGGAUACCUAAGUUACAUCUCAAAGAUGAGCGGAUACAGAAACUAUGCGAGUCCAUGGAACAAGCCAAGUGCCUCGUAUUCGUCUGGAACGGUUAAGAAAGAAACAACAGGGGGGAUUCCAAAGUAUGACACUUCAUAUUCAAAAAGCAGACCCGAACCAAAGAAAGAGGAGAGUACCGUAACAUCACGAAUCGCUUCAAAAUACACUAGUCCCUACAGUGCAGGCUACCAGCGAGACACAACCACAGGAUAUGGAGCGCGAACAGAAACGUCAAGAAUAAAGCCAAUUCUCGACAAAAAGGACACCAGUCACCCUCCCGUAUCCUACAGACCGAUCAACAGAACGGGCGCCAGAUCACGUGACUCGAGCCCUAUAGAAAAAUCGGACAAAAGUACCUCAUCUACAUCUUCAUCGUACAACUAUGGCAACCGACUCUACCCUAGACCUUUCCAGAGAUCUGUCAGUAAGGAGAGGGUUGAUUCAACGAUACCAAAGUACACUGGGAGAUCAGCUUCGGCAACUAGGGAUGAAAUUCCGAAAUAUGGCUCCACAUUGUCUGUCAAAGAAGAUGUCCCUAAGUACCUCAGUCGGUCACCAAGCAGAAAUGCUUCUAGAGAAGAUCUCACUGCCGGGUCUCAAAAAUCCUACAUCAACAGUAGAUUUCUACCCAAGAACACUGUUGAGAAAAGCUACACUGCCUAUUCGAGACCUCUGUCGGUAAGGACCAACGAGACUAGUAGGAAAAACAGGGAGCUGUUGAACGUUCUGCACGCUCAACAAGAACAGGAAAGACUCAGUAGACCUGCAAGUAGAUGCUCAUCGACAACGGCCGAGGACAUUUCUUCCAAAGAGAAAGAAAUAUCGUCUUCUACUACAACGAAGUCGGAGAGUCCAGUCAGAGAGAUUGAAAUGGUGACCGUGCAAGUUGUUACGCGUGGCACCUCACCCACACCGAUUUCUCAGAAUACUCAGCAUCCUACGUUCCUCAGAAGUAGAAGGAUCGAAAUCGCCAAGGUGGUUGAGAAACAAAUCACUAGACCGAAGAACCCAGUACAUACGAUGGUAGACAAAGAAAUACAGUCUGAUCGGCUGGACGAUAGUACGAAGAUCUCGCGAUUCUCUGGCGCAUCCAGAAUGUCAGCCACACCAUGGUCCUCUUUCUUAGACAUGAAAUUCAAUAGUCCAGCCCAAAAGUCAAAAGCCAACGCGAAACCCAAGGAAUGCGACAGUCCGAAGAGUCUUUCAAGAACUAGCUCGACAAAAAGCUUGGAGCAGUCACCUGCGAAGACUGAUAAGCCUAAGGAAGUUAGGAAGUCGCCGUCUCCAGCAAAGUCGAAAAUUGUGCCACCCAAGCAGAUUUCUGAUAAAAAGCAGUUGCCACCAAUCCCAAAAGGAGAUAAUGCAGUAAAGACCAGCUCGUUGCAUUCGUCCUCACCAAAUAAAGAUUUCAGAAAGUCUGUGCUGAAUAUGAACCCAGAAGGAAAAUCGAAAAAAAUAGGACGUCGUAGUAACUCAGCCAGCUCCGCAGAGUCAGAUACAGCUGAUCCCGAAGCGACAGAUGUUUCUGAGAACCUCAAGAGCUGCGGGUCUUACCAUAAAUCCAACAGUUCCAAGUUGCCUCAGAAAAGCGCUGCUGAUAGAUGUCACGGUAGAAGCAGGAGGUCUCCAAGUGCCGAGACAAGCAACACAACUAGCGGCAGUGAGGAUGACUCCAAGACCAGAAAGAUCAAAGGCAAACUCAGUGCUGGAUCUUCCAGGACUUCCGUUGUGCUAUCAUCAGGAGAUGAACUUUCAACCGAUAAGUCUCCGAAGCCACCUCAAAGUCCAAGGAACAAGUAUGACGUCAACAAAUCUGAAGUCGAGGCAAAAUCGUUCUUGAUGAGAGCUUUGGCGCCUGUUACGAACUUCUUCAAAGUUAAGCCACCAGACUCUCCUGAGAGGGCGAACUGGAUGGACCCCAGCUCAGAGAGUAACACCGAGACUAAGUCAUUUGCGGCCGAACCUAUCACAGCAAGAAUCAUCAUACAUAGGGUGGAACCUACUGAGCCACCCUGGUGCUCAGACCGAAAUGUGGAAGAAUCUAAUCAGGCGCAAGAACAGUCAACGAGCAAAUCAGAGUCCGAUCAGAAGCCUUGGUGGGAAAACUCAACAGCUAGCUCAAAGCUAGAAUCCGGUUUGAGACAUGCGGAUUCUAUAGAGAAACCUUGGUGGGAGAAUGGUUCUGAUGAGCAAGCCUCGCAGAAGUCUAACCAACACGCCAAAGAAGAAUCUAAAAAACUUAUAAAGACGAAAAACGUUGAUUCUGGUGAGACACCAUGGUGGUUAGAUGAAAAUGCUGAGGUUCCAGAGGGUGUAGAAACAUACCCCAACUACGUAAGAGAAGACGGAACUACUGCUGAUGGCAGAGUGGUCUACAAAAUAAGGAAGAAUGACUCAAGCGAAACCUGUUGGUGGCAAAGUAGUAGCGAAAAGUCAGAGUCAAAUCAAAAUAAAACAGAACCGAACAACUCCGUAUAUCCAGAGACUCAAUCCAGUUGGGUGCGAGAUUACAAACCCAGAAAAAUGGACUCGGAGGAUGGCACCUGGUGGUUGAGUAGCAGUGAAAAAACGGAUUCAGAUAAAAAUAAAACCAAUAUAAUGGACCCAGAGUACCAGAGGAUGCAUCAGAUCAGACAUAUUGACUCUGGCGAGAGAAGUUGGUGGUUGAAUCAGGAAAAUGAGACCGAAGAGCAGCAACAAGCACCAGCAGAUCAAAGCCAAAUACCUUCUAAAUUUCCUGUCAGGCACCAAGACUCACCUGAGAAGCCUUGGUGGCUGCAAGAUAGAGAAAGUAACAAAGAAGCUGAUAACGACUUCGACAGUGUCAACAUGCCUCUUGGCGACAGAGCUAGUCCUGAAGGUUUGGAGAUGCCUAAAGACGUUGAAGGAAGGAAGAGUCCGUACGACAAUGUACCUAGCAUGCAAAGAAGACCUCAGAAGGGUGCUGCUUACAUCUCGAGAUACAUGAACAUAGACGAGGUACUUGGUGGAGCUGCCACGCAGAUGUGGAGUCCGCUUAUGGAUCAAAUUUGUGGGUAUGCAGAGGAACCUGUGUACGAGGUGGAUCCUGAUCAAGUGGUCAUACAUGAAGGGGAUCAGACCUACCAGAAGAUGAUUAAGGUCAACGCUCUCGGAGCCGUUCCAAAGGGGUCUACCCAACAGACAAAGGUAAGUCCAAGUCGCAUGUUUGUUCAAACUUUUGCAUCAGUAUCUUUGUAA